AUGGGCGACCACGUCCUCUUCUUCUACGGAACAUUAAUGGCCCCGCAAAUCCUGCACAAAGUAAUCCACGGCCAGGCGAACCCGGAACCCUGGCAAAAAGCCACGCUCCGCUUCCAACCCGCCAUUCUGCACGGGUAUCGCCGACAUCGCGUGCAGGACGCCGAUUACCCAGGAAUCGUGGCCGUCUCAAAGCCAAAAGUCGACACGGAGGAUUCCGCACCGAAAACCAACGGUGGGACAUCAGUUGUGGGAACCCUCGUGUCGGGACUAACAGACGGCGAUGUUCACCGACUGGAUAGGUUCGAGGGCUCUGAGUACGAGAAGAAACCGGUUACUGUGCGCACGCUGCGGGAAGGGCGGGGCGGUGAUCUUGGUCAUGCUGGUGAGGGGGCUACUGCUGAGAGCCAGCUGCGCGAAAUGCUUAAUGCGACGGGUGCUGAGGUUGCUGGUAAGGAAGAGGGAGAGGAGGUUUCUGCUGUGACUUAUGUAUAUACAGCUGGGAAGGAUAUGCUGGAGGAUGCGGAGUGGGAUUUUGAGUCGUUUAAGAGGGAUAAGAUGUCGUGGUGGGUUGGGGUUGGAACGAAUGAGAGUGAAUGGUAG